AUCAGGCACACAAUUUGGAACAUAAGAGAUGGUUCAUGGCCAAUAAGAGGUAAGAGGCUUGACUGGUCAUAUGUUUGGCCUUCACGUGCCUUUAUAAACAUCGCUGUCUGUUGCUGUUUAGUACAUUACCCUCAUUCUGGAGUACUGCCUGCCCAAUAGCUAUAAUGUAGCCGACAGAAAGAACCCCCCCCCGCCUUUGAGUUGCUAACAUGGCGAGACAUGUGAAUAGCUUCCUUACAGGCCAGACAAGUAUUCUCUCCUUACACCACUCACAGUCACUCGCAGAGACAGCGUAUUCACGCAUGUUCUAGCAUGAGCACCUCCCACUAUAAAUAAUCAACGAAAGACGUGCUUUAACCUUCAAGCUCAUCUCUCAUGCCCACAAAAUGGUUCCAAAACCAGCAGUCACGCCCUUGACCCAUGAUGAAUUCAGAAAGAAAUGUGAUUGCCAGGUCGUCACCAUCUACGCUGGUCGUAAUUGUCACUCCUCUUUCACACUCCCCAAAGACCUUCUCGGCUACUACUCCCGAACUUUCGCACACUAUUUCAACGGAACCUCUGCGCAAGCCCUGUCUGGUUUCUUGAUCCUCCCAGCUGUUGAUCCCAAGUUGUUGGCUGUGCUGAUCGACUAUAUCAAGCAUGGAUCUGCGUCUUUCCCAUACGGUUUCGUGUGGAGCUGGGGGCGAGAGGGGGAUGGUGUUACAGCAGCAGCAUAUCAAGUGAUCAGUGACUGUGUUAGGACUCUCACAGCAUUCCUGGGUCUCUGCGCUGCCUACGAUGUCCACGAGGCAGGGGUAGCGAUAUACGAGCCUCUCACUAUAUGCAUCUAUCUGGCACAGAGCUAUGGUAUUGACAUUAAGACGGUCCUGACGGACGGUUUUAUUGACACGGUUCUUGGAACUCUUCCGGAUCUACCGGGCGGAAAUCCUGUGCUUGUUUUAUUGGCGCAGGCUACCGGUGCGGAUACAGUGAUUAAUCAUCGUCUGGUUUCCAUGGGAGAGUGAGUGGAGUGUGGUUUCCAUGUGUGUGGAGGGGGUGGUCGGCAUGAGGGCUAAGAAGAACGAGGAUAAUAGGAUGAGACUGGUGCUGGCAUCACGACGACAGGGGACCCACGAGCAGUGCUUGUGGAGAAUGGGAAACUAACAACAGAUGUGGGAUAUUACUGUGACACUAUAUCAGCCUCAACUCUAGAUGCUUGAAAGACUCCAAGCAAGGCUAGAUGUAUUAUUGAGGAAGAUUUACAACCUGACGUCUCUCCAUGUGUUGUGACUGUGGAUCAGGUGCCUUCGUCGUGACCAGUUUUGCGACAGAUUCCUCAUUGAUAAAGCUACACACAGAUGAACUAGAU